UUUGCUCAGAAAAUCGCACUCUUCCAGCCGAUAUAUAAAAAUCAGAAAACCGUUUAAAACUUUAGGACCCCAUUGUACAACUUCAUUGUAAAAAUUUUAUAUACAUCGAAUGAAUUUGUUGUGUACACUAAAUAUUAUCGUUUUCUCUUGAAAAAAAAAAACAAAAUUUACGGCCAUUAUAUCGAUUUUUAAUUCUAAUGAAUAAAUACUGAAAAAGUUGCUCUUCUUUUAAAGUUUUUUACGACCAUUUUCUGCUUGCCUUCAAUUUAGCGUGUAUUCUUCAGGCACAAGGUAAAUAAAAAAAGGUUUUCAGUGUGGAAACGUCAUACAGCUACCCCGAAAAGCAAACUGUUUUGUGCUCAAUACAUUUUUGCAAUCGGUUUUAUUUCUCAAUUUAUUAAUCGAAUACAUGAACGUCGUAAAAAUUUCGGUCACCUCGGCCAGGAGAAUGAAUCUACUGAAUUCUUGUAGACUGUGUUUAGUAGAUUUACUCACAGCUGAUGACAACGAGGAGCCUUAUUAUUGUGUGUUUGGAACAACUAUAGAUGAUCGGCCGCUGCCAGAUUUGGUGGAAGAUUACUUCGGUAUUGUGAUUACGGAGGAUGAAAAAGUGAACAAAAUAUGCGAAUCUUGCUACAGCGACGUGCAUAACGUCUUCAGGCUGAAAAAUCGAAUUCUACAGGCUGAUGCCACUAUUAAGAGUUUUUAUCGUAAGUUAGAAUUCAAAGAUGAGGGAAGUUCGGCGGACACCGAUGAUGAACAAAAUAGCAUUUUCGAAGACAAUUUCCUCGAAGCAGACGAGGAAAUCAACGUUGAACCGGAUUUGUUUGUCGAGAUGAAUAUUAAUGAUAUCCCAGUAGAGGAGGUCAGAAGUGAAAUAAAAUCGAAUCCUAUAACAGACAAACAAAACCAACCGCCACCUAAAUUUCGUCGUAAGCGUAGGCGUAAAGGAAGCAAACCCAAUGAUAAGAAAUGUUUCACCUGUUAUAUUUGCACUACGGAUUUCGAAACACUGGAACAGCGGGAUGAUCAUAUAGCGACGCACAUUGGACUAGUUUCACCAGUUUGUACCUUUUGCAACGAAGAGUUAUCGACAAUGCGUUAUUUGAACAUGCAUCUUCAACGUACUCAUUACAGGACAGGGGACCGAAUUCCUUGCGAAGAGUGCAAACAAAACGGUGUUACGAGGGAGUUUUCGUCAACACUUUGUUUACAGAACCAUGUGAAAAAAUUUCAUGAAGGCAUUAUAGAAGUGCAGGAAAGAAAAUUCGUAUGCUCAUUUUGCGGAAAAAAAUUCAGCAGAGCAUCCGGCUUAAGACUACACGAAAAUACCCAUACAAGAGCUGUUUUGUUCAAAUGCAGAUAUUGCACAACAUUCGUGGGUAGUUCUAGAGGUUCCUUGAUUAGACAUGAACGCAUUCAUACUGCCGAAAAACCUUACAAAUGUGAUGAAUGUGAUGCUCGAUUUACGCAAUCAAAUGGACUAACAAUGCACAAAAAGUUCCGUCACACUGACGAACGACCGUUUUCAUGUGAUCUGUGCGUUGGGAAGGUUAGCUUCAAAUGUAAGUACACGCUUCGAAAACAUCUUCAAAAUCAUGAAGCUUCCGGGAGAAACAAGAACAGGGUGGCCAAAACUGCCGUGAUAGCACCCGCUGAAAGAGAGUUAAAGUGUAACUUCUGUCCUGCUGUUUAUAGCAUGGAAGUCCACCUGUGCAGACAUAUUCUAGCUAAACAUCCAACCGAAAAUGUUCCAAUGAUUCAAUGCGAAAUGUGUGCUGAAGUUGGUAGGAAGAAUUAUUUUAUAACAGAAAGAGUUAAAAACAUCCACAUCGGAAACCAUUUGAAAAACUCACUUCAAGAAGGAAUCCGCAAGGAGCGUCCGUGUAGAGACUGUCCAGCAGUUUUUGAAACCAUCGGGGAGCUUAAAAGACAUCGUGAGUCUCACAUCAUUCACGCUUGCAAGGAGUGUGACAAAACGUACAAAAAAUCAUCUAGUUUGCGCUUGCACUAUCGUUCGGUACAUUUAGCGUCCCUUCCCUAUAAAUGUGAUAAGUGUGAUGCUGCGUACGGCCAAUUCACGCAACUGACCGCACACAUGAAGAAGCAUCAGUAGGUCAAAGUGGUUGGAAAUGGUUUUGAUAUAGUUAACUUUUGUAUUGAUUACAAAUAAAGAAUACUCAAAAAUUAA